AUGAGCACUUCCUUCACAACACUCCACACGACUGUCACCGAAGAGACAGACAGAGAGACCGACAGCGAGAGAGACAUGGAUUUAGAUAUACUGAAGGCAGGAGUUGUGGGCGAUUCGGCCAAACCGGUGGUCAGUCUGACAAACAUAAACCCGAACUCAACGGUGACUGACAUCAAAAAGGCGAUCCAUCGACAGAAGAAGUCUCUAUACCCGGAGCGCCAGUCCUUGCGUUUGGAGACUCGCGGCAAACCGUUGGCCGACAACGCGGUGCUCAAGACAUUGGACUUACAGAAGGGACGAGUGCUGUACGUGAAAGACUUGGGGCCGCAGAUCGGAUGGUCGACCGUAUUUCUGGCCGAAUAUAUGGGACCGCUGUUUGCGUACCUCAUCUCAUACACGAGGCCGGUCUGGCUGUACGGCCAGAGCGCCAGCGCACCCAUGAGUUACGCGGUGCACGCGGCGGCCAUUUGCUGGUCAAUCCAUUACCUGAAGCGUGUGUUGGAGACACUGUUUGUGCACCGGUUCUCGCACUCGACAAUGCCUUUACUCAAUUUGUUCAAGAAUUGCAGCUAUUAUUGGGGCUUCGCUUUCUAUAUCGGGUAUUACGUGAAUCACCCCUUAUAUACCGAACCCUAUUUCGGCAAACUUCAGGUCUAUUCGUCGCUCAUAGCGUUUCUCGUCUUCGAGUUGGGAAACCUAUCCAUUCAUUUGGCUCUUCGAGAUCUGCGACCGGCCGGCAGUACUGAGCGACGCAUUCCGAUGCCGACCGCCAAUCCAUUCACAAUCCUCUUCCGAUACGUGUCGUGUCCUAACUAUGCGUACGAGUGGUACUCGUGGGCGGCGUUC